GAGAGCAUGAUGGAGAGAGACGGGGGCGAGUGAGGGCUGAUGAGCUGGAGAAUGGACGGCCAGCGAGACGGCGUGCGACCCAGUGAGAGAAGACACUGAAAGUACCACAAGCUCCCGUCAGCAGCAGGAGGAAAGGCUGAGCUCACCAGCGGCAACUCUGAAGACUGUCAGGGGCAGGGAAAAGAGAGAAGAAGAAGGACGGAAGACACUCUGUAGCGGCUUUCCUCUGGUUUUGCCCUCUCACACACUCAUCACAACCACAAUGAUCCUCCGGGUUCUUCUGAUUCUGUGGAUCUUCGGACACGGUGCAGAGGCCAUGUUUUCUCAGCAGCCACAGGACUUAGUGGUAGUGGCUGGCCAACCUGUGACCUUACCAUGCUCCAUCCCUGGUUACCAUGGUGUUGUACUGUGGAUCAAAGAUGGCCUGGCACUCGGAGUUGGCAGGGACCUCUCAGGCUAUCCCCGUUACACAGUGAUUGGCGACCACGGCUCAGGAGAACAUCAUUUGCGAAUCCAGCGCGUGGAGCUGAUGGACGACGCUGUGUUCGAGUGCCAGGCGGUCCAGGCUGCCAUGAGAUCCCGGCCUGCCCGCCUCACUGUGCUCGUUCCACCCGAGGACCCCAUCAUCAGCGGUGGGCCCGUGGUGAGCCUGAGAGCGGGCGACCCGCUCAAUCUGACCUGCCACGCUGACAACGCCAAACCGGCGGCCUCAAUCAUCUGGAUCCGCAACGGAGAGGUCCUGAAUGGGGCCAUGUACUCCAAGGUAAGCCUAGAGACGUUGCUCCGGGAUGGGAGGAGAGAAACCACUGUGAGCACUCUCUACCUGUCGCCCUCAAACAUUGAGACAGGCCAACAGAUCAUCUGUAAGGCCUCAAACAAGGCUGUCCCCAACGGCAAGGAGAGCAGUGUCACCAUCGACAUCCAGCAUCUCCCGCUUGUCAACCUCUCAGUGGAGCCUCAGCCGGUUCUUGAGGGCAACCUGGUGAGAUUCCACUGCUCUGCAAAGGCUAAUCCUCCUGUUACGCUGUACAGGUGGGCCAAAGGGGGAAGUAUCAUAAAGGAGGUCUCCGGAGACACGUACGAGGUGAUUGUGGACCACUCCUUCUUCACAGAGCCUGUUUCCUGUGAGGUUACCAACCAACUGGGCAGCACUAACGUCAGCCGCAAUGUUGAUGUCUACUUUGGGCCUCGCAUGGCUGCAGAGCCUCAGUCCUUGCAGGUGGACCUCGGAUCUGAUGCCGUGUUCAACUGUGCCUGGACUGGAAAUCCCUCUCUUACCAUAGUGUGGAUGAAGAGGGGUUCUGGAGUGGUUCUUAGUAACGAGAACCUUCUAACGCUGAAAUCCGUGCGGCAGGAGGAUGCUGGGAAAUAUGUAUGCCGAGCCGUGGUCCCGAGAGUCGGCGCCGGGGAGAAAGAAGUUUCUCUUACUGUCAACGGGCCGCCCACCAUCUCCAGCACUCAGACACAACAGGCCUUGCACGGCGAGAAAGGACAAAUCAAAUGUUUUAUCCGAAGCACUCCUCCCCCAGAUCGCAUCGCCUGGUCCUGGAAAGAGACCGUUUUGGAGUCCGGUACAUCCGGUCGCUACACGGUUGAGACGGUCACCACGGAGGAAGGAGUCAUCUCCACGCUGACCAUGAGUAACAUCGUGCCGGCCGACUUCCAGACCAUUUACAACUGCACGGCGUGGAACAGCUUUGGCUCCGACACCGAGAUCAUACGCCUUAAGGAACAAGGUGGGAACCCAGAAUCCCUCCCCGUGGCGGUGAUCAUCGGCAUUGCCGUGGGAGCUUUUGUCGCCCUCAUCGUCCUCAUGGGUACCAUCGGAGCGUUCUGUUGUACCCGCUCGCAGAGAAAGGAAGCGCACCUGGUUAUGCCCUCACUGCCCGUCUCCAUCUGUGCUCACCAGAGAGAACUUGCAAGCAAAAUUAAAACAGAAAAUCUGAAAGGAGUGGUGUCCGCGAAAAACGACAUCCGGGUGGAGAUUGUGCACAAAGACCAUAACGCCGCCAGGGAAAACGAGGAGCACGCCUCCAUGAAACAGCUGAUGGUGAGUGUGGAUCGCGGAGAGUUCCAGCAGGAAUCUGCUCUGAAGCAGCUGGAGGUUUUGCAAGAGGAGGAGAAGGAGUACCAGCACAUUAAGGACCCCACAAAUGGCUACUACAGCGUCAACACCUUCAAUGAGCACCCGACACCAACCAUGGCGGGGACCCAGUCCACCGACGGAAGGAACCCAACCAAUACAAGCACCCUGGGCAAGCAGCGGGUACCGACAGGCAUGUCCUUCACCAACAUCUACUCCACCCUGGGAGCGGGUCCCAAUCGCCUGUACGACUACAGCCAACGCUUUGUGCUGGGCAUGGGCAGCAGCUCCAUCGAGCUGUGCGAGCGGGAGUUCCAGCGCGGCUCAAUAAGCGAUUCCAGCUCGUUUAUUGACACGCAGUGCGACAGCAGCGUCAGCAGCUACAGCAAGCCGGACGGCUAUGUGCAGUUCGACAAGGACAGCAAGGCGUCGGCCUCCUCGUCCUCCCACUACUCGCAGUCGUCGUCACAGAACUCGGACCUAACCCGGCCCCUCCAGAAGCGCAUGCAGACCCAUGUCUGACAGCCAGGACGGGAGGGAUGGUGUAAGAACCAGCCUUGGUUGUGAACUUCUGCAGGUGCAGGAGGUUGGUUGCGUCACACUGAAUGACUUCGUCAGACUUCUAAAUGUCCUCAAAUGUGGAUCAAGAAGCCUUAUAUUCCCCUUUUGCUUAAUCCAUUCACCCACACCCUGGUUUUAACCCGUGAUCGUGAGUAGUGCCACAAUGUGCAUCGAUAUUUGCCAACACAGACUUGGGAUUAUUCUGCUCCUGAGGACAGCAACACAGCAAGGCCCCAGGAUUGUUUUUCUUGAGUCGCAAUGGAGUAAAACCGCACAACAAGUGCAAUCCAAUUCCCUUCGUCUCUUUCGUGUCGUGUCACGCACCGAGACCGAACAUCCACAAGGUUUUUAGGGAACCCACAACUCACCACCACCACCGCCGCCACCACUACCCUCCUUUCUUUCACACUCUGCUCAUACUGUAGCUCAUUUGUCUCUUUGCGUAGGUGGAGUAAAACUGGCCUCUCUCCACUUGCCCACAGACAUGUUUAAGAGGAACAGCUGUAUGUGGGCCACCGAGCAGAGAAGAUAAAGAAGGGCUGAGGCCACAUUUUCAAUCCCAACUUUUACGUUCUGAUAAAACAAUAUCAGUGUACAUAUCGUGUAAGGCUGUAAAUUAUUUUCGGACGACUCGUGGAGGAGUCUUAAACGAGACUUUGUAUCCCCCCCCCCCGACCCCACCCACCCACAAAAGUUUGCCUUGAGGGACUGUUUGGGUUGAGUAAGCCGGCAUACUCCAUAUCAGCUGCAGCCUCUCCAAAUGCAGCCUGGUCCAACUCACUGGUCCAACACUGGUACAUGUACAUGUUGAAUGAUAUGUAAACAUACCGUCAUGCUGAUUCUUACUUUGUGGUUAUCGCAGUGCGUAGUGAGUGUUAUUGAUGGAACUGGAGCUUAGUACAACUUUACAAAUUGUCUUCAAUAUACUUUUUGGACUUUUGGCUUUGGUUUUACACCAAUUAUAUCUUUUUUUCUUCUCCACCAUGGAAAUUAUGCUCAACUUCUUUUUGAUUUUGUUGUUUUUUUUAAUUAUUAUUUCAGAUUAUUUAUUUUUAAAUAGGUAGACUCCAAAAUCUCUGACACUGAUGUACCUAAAAAUAUUACUAAAAAUUACUGAAUACAUGAAAAAAAAAAAAAAUUGUUUGGUUUUAGCUUUUAAUUUUUUCAUGAUUGGUACAUUAACAAAUAUCAUGAGUCACUUAAAAAUGAUUGUAAAUUACUGAAUAAAUGGAGAAAACAGUGCUUUCAAAUUUUAAAAAAACCCACAAAAAUUGGGGAAAAUAUGGCAAAUAUUGUUAAAUUACAAUUUUGGGGGAAAAAAAAAUAAUUCAGAAUUCCUUAGGUUAAUGGGUCAAAAUGUAUUUUUUUAUAGGUAUGCAAAAAGUCAUGAUUUAUUUUUUAAAAGUAGCAUAAAUUACUGAAUAAAUGAAGAAAAAAAAGUACUAAAAUUGCUCAAAAUUUGGCUCAUAAAUAUCUUUUAGUACGUUACAAUAGAAAUCAGUCUGAUGAGAAUCUUAGUUUAAUGGGUCAACAUGUAUUUUUUAUUGGUAUACAAAAACAUGUGCCCAUGAUUUACUUAAAAAAAAUAUACUGAAUAAAUGAAAACAUUACUUUUCAAUUAAAAAAAGCUGCAUAAUGUGGGAAAAUAUGGCAAAUAAAUGGUUAUGUAAAUUCAAAUUUAAAUCAGUUUCACAAAAUAUUUGGAAUUCCUUAGGUUAUUGGGUGAAAAUUUUUUUUUUUCAUAGGUAUACAAAAAUAUGUGCCCAUGACUGACUUUGAAAACAUUUGUAUAAAUUAAUGAAUAAAUUGAAAAACAAUAUAUAAAUAAAAUAUAAGUAUUUUUCACUUCAAGAAAGCAUAUGAACGCAAACGAUGGAAAAUGUUGAGUGAAUUCCAGUCAGUUUCACUGGACAAAAGUUGUUAUGCCCCACAAGGAUUCAAAUGGGUAUUCGUUCAUUCAUGAGUCAACCAGUUUUCAUUCAGAUUCAAUGUGUUCACAUGCUGACGUCUCUGCCAAAUAUCAUCCGGUCAUGUUGUAAUUUGGUGUACUUAUGCAGGAUCUUAUGAGGCCAAAGGAGGCACAAUGUCCAAAUCCUGAAUCCCCUCUGUAUGCAUGGGAGGCGUAAUCCUACGCCACUGUCAUGGCUGUUAACUAACUAACAUUGAUUUGACUUGGUUUUGCUCCGUUUACAUUAUGUUUUGUUCAUUUAGUUAAGAGUAAAGACAGAACAGACACACAAAAGCUCAUUACCCGUGUUUCAAAGUAAAGUGUUGUCAUCGCACUUUGUGUUACUGUUCCAGUAUAAGUGAACCGGGACUUUUGGGGUUCUGCGGUACGGAACGCACAGAUAAAAAAAAACAAGCGGCCUGGUUGAUGCUGUCUUUUUUUCAUUUGCACAUGAGAUCAUGAUUGUUUUAAUAGUUGCUGCAAUCCAGGAAGUUCACUGCAAUUAAUUCCAUGAGCGUAAACUUUGUUGCUUGCAAGUUAAUCACUCUAAAGCUUGCUCACAGUUUCACGAAUGAUGAAAAUAAUGAUGACUCAUUUUUAGGAGGCCAAGCUAUGUUCUGAAAACUGUCAUUUCCAGCCUUUAAAAGCAAAUCCCAGUCAUUGAAAGCACUUUACAAAGGAUUAUUAUAUCCAAGGCGCACUGCUGGUUUAGACUCUAUAAUUUUACAAAUGGAUUGGUACCCAUUGUACAGUUUAAGGCAACACUGAUAAUCCAGCUUGGCACUUAGCAGACUGUAUAUAACUCCUUGAAAUGCUGUCUUUCUCUGUAUAUAGUUUCUUUUUUCGCCACUCUUGUGUUUAUUUCUUUCUUUCUCGCUCGUCAGAUUUGACUAUUAAAGCUCAGCAAAUCCUCGUGACAUCCAAACUGUACAGACAAUCAUUAUCUCCUCACGUGAAACCCCAUCAAGUCUGCCUGUUUCUGUCACACGUACACAUUAAAAGAAGUGAGCGGUUUCUGUCAAUGUGAGGGAGACUUUGUGCUGUAAAACACACGGGAGGCUGGCAGAAAUGAGAAGCAGAGAGCUUAGCUGGGGCAGCUUUGAAGUGAGAUGAAGUAUAAGGUUAUUGGUUUUAUAACUUCAGCCUCUCCGAGAUGCCUGCCGCUCUUUUAUUCAGCGCUGAAAUGACUUUUCAGAGCAGUCACUGUGUGGAAUCUAUACCUUGUAUUGGUCAAUAUAUCGACAGCAUAUAGUUCCACUUAUAAACACAGCCAUAGUCGAGCUAUUAUUCCUUAGUAUUAUACCCUUUUAAGAGUCUCUUCAAGUACGUUUUUCCCCCGAGACCAAUGUCAUACGACUACGAAAGGAGUAUUUGAGCCAAAAAAAAAAAAUUUAAAAAAUUGUAUAUAAUAUGACAGAGCAACAAAACAAAUAAUUUGACAGGAAUGAAAUCAUUAGAUGUAAUAAAUCAGCAAUUAAAAUAAUAUAAAUAAAUGACAAAUAAAUAAAUCAUGAAAUUACAACAGUACCAUGGUUACCAAAGAAAUGUGAAUUGUUUAGUUGGAAAAAAAAAUUGUUUGCUAAAAAAAAAAAAGUGUAGAGCUUAAAGAGCUGAAAAAUAAUUUCAUAUUAUUUUAUUUUAUGGGAAAAAAUUGUAUUACAUGCUUAAGAAAAAGAAUAACGUUUAUUAUAAAAGCAUAAAUAUAUUUGUUACAUUAUUAUUAUUUUUGUUGGAAUAUUAUCGUCAUAUUCAAAUAUUUUUGCCCCUGAACAACAUCAAUAUUUUUAUAAUCAUAAUAUAAAAUAAAAAGUAAAAUUACCCUCCGAUACUUACAAGGGUUAAGGACUUUUCCUGCUACUAGGUAGCUUAAUUUGAAUUUUCAUUAGAAUUUUUUUACGUGGCCCAAAUACUCCUUUAUACGAGUAUGCAUUGAGAACAAAUAAAAUAAUCUGAGGUUUUGAGAAUAAAGUCGCUCACUUCCGAAAAAAAAAAAACCUUGUAAAUUACACGAAUAAAGUCACAAAUUUACAAGAAAAAAGUCGUAAGAUUACUUGUCGUUAUGUCAUAUGUGUCUUGGUCUGCCGACUAACUUCAGGAAGGAAGGAAACUUUCCACUUGCUUCAGACAAGCUUUUAUUUACAACGUGGCAGCAAAACAGCAGCGCAAACAGAUUAGCAUGGCUAGCUAGCCUUUCUCACUUCCGCCUUCGUUACCCCGCUCCCUCCACAUGCCCAAAGCCAAAGGUCACAUAAGUCCCCCCUUUUUCAUAGCUUUUUCUCAAGCAAUGCCUGUCACAUAAAGUCACAAGUUUUUUCUUGUAAAUUUACCACUUUUUUCUCAGAAAUUGACGACUUUAUUCUUGUAAUAUUCCAACUUUUUUGUCGUAAAUUUACUUCAUUCUCAUAAUUACGUGUUUUUUCUUGUAAAUUUAAGACUUUAUUCUUAUUCUCGUAAAUUUAUGACUUUGUUCUUGUAAAAUUACAAGUUUUUUUCUACAAAAAAGUCGUAAUAUUACAAGAAUAAAGUGGUAAAUUUAUGAGAAUAAAGUGGUAAAUUUACAAAAAUAAAGUCGCCCAUUUAUGAAAAAAACUCGGAAUAUUAUGAGAAUAAAGUGGUAAAUUUACGACUUUAUUGUCAUACUAGAAAUUUUUUUCGACUUCGACUUUCGAAUUUCGACUUCGUUCUUGUAAAUUUACCACUUUAUUCUCGUGAUAUUAUGACUUUAUUCUGGCAAUAUUACGACUUUUUUGUCGUAGAUUUACCACUGUACUCGCGUAAAUUUACCACUUUAUUCUUGUAAUAUUACGACUUUUUUGUCGUAAAUGUACAACUUUAUACUCGUAAAUUGACGACUUCAUUCUCAUAACAUUACAAAUUUUUCUCGCACAUUUAAAACUUUAUUCUCAAUAUCUCAGAUUAUUUUUUUCUCAAUGUGGUCCUAAUACUUUGUCAUACCUUUAUAAUACAAACAAUAGCAUUAGAAAAUACAUUUUUCCAAAUGGCAGCACAUUCACACAGAUUGUGCAAAGCAAAUGCAAUCAGAAAUCUGAAGACAGCCAACAUGUUUCUCCCUAAAAACAAACCAUAGUCCAAAACGUCCACAUUUCUUUAUCUACGGACCCCCACCAAAAUGUAAUGCAUGUUCCCAGCUGAGAGAAUGAGCUGAGCAAAUCCAUAAAUAUUCGAUCGUCCAACCUUCUAUCCCAUCUCCAGCAGACACCGUGUCCCUGAAUGCACCCCGACCCGUGUCCCCGUUCACCUGUGAACGCCUGGCCGCCUGCUCGCCGCCGCUUGCUGCGGCUGGCGGCUGGUUGUUGUUGUUGUUUGUCUGGCAAUGAGCGGCACACAGAUGCGAGGGCAUAACAGAUGAAUAAACACAAAGAGCCAGAACAAUUACAAGGGGGUGCUGCCCUGCCCUGAUAGGAGGUGGGGAAAAAAGAGCAAAGUGAUUUAUUAUUCAGAGAUGCCAAGGACUAGCCUGUGCUCCACUGCACACGUCUGGAUGGGGACCUUUCUGUGGGAGAGGCGGGGACCCCCCUAUAUUUUUGCACUACUGCCUAAUGUCAGUGUUGAGAAUAGCUGAUGCAGAACAUCAAUAACCUGCAACCUGCGUGACUAUAUUCCAUACACGCUUAACAAGGUCCAUCACGUGUUUACACUGACACUACGCAACAUGUCCGAAAAGGAGUCAUUGUAUAAUACUGUCCAAAAUAAGAAAAUAGAGCCUGUUACAAGUGCCAACUCUUCAAUGUGCUUUCUGAAUCUCCCUCAUUGACUUUAUUUUCUACAAGUCAGUAUGUUGUGUGUGUGUACCACUGUAAGUAGAAAAAAAAAAUGGACUUGACCCAACAGCAUUUGAAGGUUUUUACGGAAUAUGCUUGAGGCCCAGUCGGAGCGGCUGCAGCGUACAGUGAGCGAGUUAUUUGUAAUUCAAAUGAGAACAUGCCUUGACUGAACGUGUUUUUAUUUGCAAAACAAAAAGUGAGAUGCAGAUGGAUCACGGAUGUGAAAAGUCAAUAUGUGAAUUCUUUUGGGCAAACUUAACAGAUUUUUUUUUUUUUUGGUUGUUUUUUUUUUUUAAGUUGAGUGGGCCUACCUGCUGUGUCUAAAGAGAAAAAAUAAGGUUGUAUUUUAACUGUACUGGUCUGUGACUAUGAUGCUUUUGCUCUGUAUAUUUGGAGAAUAAAGGUCAAGUUUGA